AUGGCGACUGAGGCUGUUCAAGCGUAAGUUUCCUAAGCAUUUUUAUCUAAUUGAAUACUGUUAUACAAUGUAUUUCAGCCCUAUUCCAUAAUAUCGUGCCUUUCGUCACAUUUUGAAUCGAGGUAAGUCUUCUUAUAAUAGUCUAGGUAAUUAUAAACCCCUAAAAAGAACUGUCAAGAUGAUGUUGUGAGUGGCUAGACAAGCAAGUUAUCUGUUAACGUUAGCUAACUAUUCGGAGUUUGACUCUGAACCAUCGUUUUCAGGUUGUUUGAAAGAUGCGACCAUGUACAUUUGGAUUUGUACGAUGGGGCAGAGCAUCAGGAGGGUGGGGAAGCGGAGUUGAUGGUGCCCUACCUAACUGUGAGUAGGUUAACACAUCCCCUACUUUAGACACUUUGAAAUGCUUGACCAAACAACUCGUCAAAAUGUUGGAGAUGGUCAAAGAAAAAUGUAUGCAUGGCAUUAAUUACGUUUAUAAGUACUAUCUGUGUGUUGUUGUUCAGGAGAGUCGUAGCAUACAGAAGAUGAUGGGCAGACAGUUGUUUGUGCUGGAUGACAUGAUGCAGCUUCUGGAGAAACUGGAGUCAACUGACCAGCUGCUUAAUGAACCCUGCCCCCCAAACCCCGGUAACACACAGACACACCCAACACAUAAUCAGCAAUAAUGCCACUCAAGAUAUCCUUACUUCCAUGGCAUCUGAGUACCAUGUAAUAGUACUCGGAGGGGUCAGGUCUACCCCAGUGUAGUACUUUUGUAAAUGACUGGUCUGCUGUGUUCAGGCAACAAGGCUCACAGACGCUGGAAGGCCCUGAAGAGUGAAUAUAAAGAGGGAGUCCAGGAGGUGGAGACACUCAUCAGCACCCUACAGGACAGGAUGGAUAAACUGCACCACAAACGGAACAGACUGACACACCUGGUCACGGCACUAGAGAAGAAGGUAUACACACUCACGGACACACACACACUUUAGUCUGUACGGUGACUUUCCACAUCUUUGAAAAAGAAAGCAAUCGGUCCCCUCACAAUUUGCAGACAUUCGACGGACAUGGUCUUUCGUAUGGUUACUUUGUUUAAUAGUCCUGUGCCAUGUUUUGGAUGUGUAAUCUGUCUUUCCACAUCUCUCCCAUAGAAAGAUCUCAGUCUGCAGAUGGGGGAGGCCCUCCAGAGAGCCCACAAUGCCUUGCGUGUGUGUGAGGGGCAGCUGGCCCAGCUGAGGGCGGAGACAGACGCCGCACUGGACCGCUUGGCUGACUGGCAGCACCUGAGAGAAGCGUGAGUGACAAGCAGCUCUAUCCACCAAUCAUACGUCCUUGCAGAAACGUGUCCUAUUUCUACUCUCCCACUAAUUUGCCCUGACUAGUCUUGCGCUACCACACUUCCAUGUUGUUCACUCAGCUUAUUAGAACUCUCAUUCAAUUUCCCAUUUCCUAAUGAACGUGAGAAAGACAAAUUGAGAUUCGCCCAGUCUAAAAUCAACCUAGAACCCCUAACCUAGCCCCUUGGUAAUUGCAAACGAGGGUGGGCACCUGACUGCGCUGCUGCAGUCCGUACUCACCUCUCUCCCCUAUUGUCACCUGUCCUCAGCCUGCAGGGCUAUGUGGAGGAGACACAGGGGGUGAUGCAGUGUAGGCUUCUGUCGGUGGGGUCCUCGGAGCUGUGUGUGGAACUGAGGCCCCACUCCUGUGGGUCCUCCUCCUCCUCUGGCCAGCUGGAGCCCCUCAGACUGACCGUCACUUGGAGCCCUGAUGACCACUUCCACCUCCAGGUAAACAACACAACUGACCUCCGAAUGUGAAGCAAACAACAUGGGGAGGGACCUACCUGAAUGUGUCCAAUAGAAACUCUCGUUUUAGUUGCAAAAAGUUUUCAGUUUGGAGUAAUCGGUUUCCGUUGCAAAACUUUUUGCUACGGUGUGUGAGUAAUGAAUACACUCUUGGUUCGGUUUCCGGUCCCUUCGCCACUUUUCCAUAGCUCCUUCCCCUGUUCCGGUUCCAUCCUAGUUCCUACACCUCUUCUCCUUAGCUCCCCCUGAGCCCCUUUCCUGUCCCUGUCUCCUAGAUGAGAAUCAUUGUUAGAUUUAGCCAAGUAAGAUAUCUCUCUACAUUAUUUCUCAGUUUUUGGCACCUAUUGAGAAAAAAUAUAUAUAUUUUGCCACCAUUAGUCACAACCCCCACUUUCUCCCCCGUCCCUCUCCAUCCCUCUAGGUGUAUCAGGGUACUGCAGGGCUGUUAGAGGAGUCAAUUAAGGGUCGCCUUUCUCACCUCAGUGCUGCCCUGCUGGAGGUCAUGCAGUGCUACAUCAGCCAGGGAGAGAUGCUGACUGAGAUCCAGGCCCUGCACUCCAGGUACACACACACACAGUGCCUGCAAAGAUCAGUCAGUGAUCAUAGAAUCGAGACCCUUGAUGUUCAUUGAUAAAGUGGAAUUAUGUUUCUUUCUGAGACUGAAUCCUGUUGCUGUUUGAAUGGCCUUACCACAUGAUCUGAAGCAUUAAAAGCAGCCGUCUGAAUAUAUCCCACUGCCUCUCUCUUGGAGAGGGAUCAUUGAGACACACAAACACUAACAAAAACCCAUGUAAAACAGUUGUAUACAGUCAAAACGGAGCGAUUUCUGCAAACUAAAACAUGCGGAUUGGCGUUCAACAACCAUAACUUUUAUUUUUAUUUGAUUGAAUAUUUAAAACAUACAAUAUACUUGCAGUGAAGCCGCUCAACAACUACAUCAUAUUAGUCAUCUAACAGACUCCCAUCGAGAGAGCGACACACAGAAGCAACCAGGGUCAAUGCCCUGCUCAAGGGCACAUCGACAGAUCUCCCACAAGGUCAAAAACAGGGACCCGAACCAGCGAUCCAUCAGCCACCGGCCCAAGCUCCCAACCGCCCGGCCACCAGCCCCACAGUUCCCCAAGAGCUGCCCCUCAACCAUCCGAGAACCCCCCCCCCCCCCGACAAAAAUUAAAUAAUUCCAUGUUUAUGUUUACUUUAUUUUCAAUCUAUCUAAUCGAAUAAAAUCCACAGAUUGCGAGUUGAAGAUAAGUACUUUUACUAAGAGUAUUAGUAAUUGAAUGACCCGGUCUCUCCAGAUCUCCCAAUAGUACUAUUUCUAGGGUAAAUUUUAGAUCAAUGUUAUGCAUUUUCAGCCAUUCCUGAACCUGAGGCCAGAAACAGGCUAACUGAGGGCAAUACCAAAAUAAAUGGUCUAUUGAUUCUGUAUCCUCACAACAAAAUCUGCAGAGCUUCGAUAAUUGUAUGCCCCAAAUAUUCAACAUUUUGUUGGUGGGAAGAAUUCUAUAUAAUAGUUUUAGCUGAAAACCAUGAAGUCAUGAAUCUUGCAUCGUUUUAUAUAUCAACUCAUACACCCUGUACCAUGGAAUCGGUACAUCAAAAAUCUCUUCCCAACUAUUUUGCAAUCUGUAUGGCACAGCUGUCAACAUUCUGGUCCUCAAAUGAAACUAGUAUAAUUUCCUAUUUUUUGCUAUUCAUUCCUCCGCCAGUUUUGAUCCUUUAUAUUGGGCAGACAGACCAGUUCCCUACCUCCUCCCGUUGCCUCCUCCAUUUUUGGGGUAAUGCUGUAAUCAAUUGGUUGUAAUCUUGGAUUGAGCAGACCUUCCCAUACAAUUCGGAUAACUCCAUGAAAGACAUAACUCUACCAUUCCAAUUUACAAUAUAAUUUAAAAACAAAAUACCCUUUUCAAACCUUCCCAUAAAUACAGGUAUUUUAUCAACCAGCACAUUUGAGUUCAGCCAUAAUAUUUGUUGUAAUAUUUGUUCUAUCUUUUCAGGGGGAUGAAAUUGAAAUUGUAGCCAGCUCUGCAAUGCUUGUUUGAAAAAGAGAGAUACUUAGAAAAAAAUCAUUUUCAAUUAAUUGAAAAUGAGACAUGGUAAUCUGCACAAAGGCAAAAAUGCCAUUUUUAAUCAAUGGAUGAGCUUUUCUUAGUAAUCUACUUUAGAAACAUUUAGGGUUCAAAAGUAAAACUUUUGAAUAAGUGAUGCUUUUAGAGAGAGGUUUAGUGCUUUUAUAUUUAAUGAUCUUAACCCACCCAAUUCAUAUUCAUUAUAUAGAUAGGCACGCUUUAUCUUGUCUGAUUUACCAUCCCAGAUAAACCAUAACUUGCUCAGCUACGAACCCAUCAAAGACGAUGUUUUUAAUGACCCCCGAUAUACACUACUCAAAAAAAUAAAGGGAACACUUAAACAACACAAUGUAACUCCAAGUCAAUCACACUUCUGUGAAAUCAAACUGUCCACUUAGGAAGCAACACUGAUUGACAAUACAUUUCACAUGCUGUUGUGCAAAUGGAAUAGACAACAGGUGGAAAUUAUAGGCAAUUAGCAAGACACCCCCAAUAAAGGACUGGUUUUGCAGGUGGUGACCACAGACCACUUCUCAGUUCCUAUGCUUUCUGGCUGAUGUUUUGGUCACUUUUGAAUGCUGGCGGUGCUUUCACUCUAGUGGUAGCAUGAGACAGAGUCUACAACCCACACAAGUGGCUCAGGUAGUGCAGCUCAUCCAGGAUGGCACAUCAAUGCGAGCUGUGGCAAGAAGGUUUGCUGUGUCUGUCAGCGUAGUGUCCAGAGCAUGGAGGCGCUACCAGGAGACCGGCCAGUACAUCAGGAGACGUGGAGGAGGCCGUAGGAGGGCAACAACCCAGCAGCAGGACUGCUACCUCCACCUUUGUGCAAGGAGGAGCACUGCCAGAGCCCUGCAAAAUGACCUCCAGCAGGCCACAAAUGUGCAUGUGUCUGCUCAAACGGUCAGAAACAGACUCCAUGAGGGUGGUAUGAGGGCCCGACGUCCACAGGUGGGGGUUGUGCUUACAGCCCAACACCGUGCAGGACGUUUGGCAUUUGCCAGAGAACACCAAGAUUGGCAAAUUCGCCACUGGCGCCCUGUGCUCUUCACAGAUGAAAGCAGGUUCACACUGAGCACAUGUGACAGACGUGACAGAGUCUGGAGACGCCGUGGAGAACGUUCUGCUGCCUGCAACAUCCUCCAGCAUGACCGGUUUGGCGGUGGGUCAGUCAUGGUGUGGGGUGGCAUUUCUUUGGGGGGGCCGCACAGCCCUCCAUUUGCUCGCCAGAGGUAGCCUGUCUGCCAUUAGGUACCGAGAUGAGAUCCUCAGACCCCUUGUGAGACCAUAUGCUGGUGCGGUUGGCCCUGGGUUCCUCCUAAUGCAAGACAAUGCUAGACCUCAUGUGGCUGGAGUGUGUCAGCAGUUCCUGCAAGAGGAAGGCAUUGAUGCUAUGGACUGGCCCGCCCGUUCCCCAGACCUGAAUCCAAUUGAGCACAUCUGGGACAUCAUGUCUCGCUCCAUCCACCAACGCCACGUUGCACCACAGACUGUCCAGGAGUUGGCGGAUGCUUUAGUCCAGGUCUGGGAGGAGAUCCCUCAGGAGACCAUCCGCCACCUCAUCAGGAGCAUGCCCAGGCGUUGUAGGGAGGUCAUACAGGCACGUGGAGGCCACACGCACUACUGAGCCUCAUUUUGACUUGUUUUAAGGACAUUACAUCAAAGUUGGAUCAGCCUGUAGUGUGGUUUUCCACUUUAAUUUUGAGGGUGACUCCAAAUCCAGACCUCCAUGGGUUGAUAAAUUUGAUUUCCAUUGAUAAUUUUUGUGUGAUUUUGUUGUCAGCACAUUCAACUAUGUAAAGACAAAAGUAUUUAAUAAGAUUAUUUCAUUCAUUCAGAUCUAGGAUGUGUUAUUUUAGUGUUCCCUUAAUUUUUUUGAGCAGUGUAUAUAAUAUCUUCACAGUAUUACUUCUGAACUACUCAGUUCUACUGAAUGUGAGUAGAAGUUGUCAGCAAAUAUUCAGGACCUUUCCCAUACAUUCUCAAUCACACUGGAACACUGUUUAUGUUCAUAACCUUAUACUCCAACACUUCUAAGCAAGAAUUAGUGUGUGAGAGCUUAUUCAUAUCUGUGGACUUUUUUCAUAUUCCAAGCACAAUGACACAUGAAGUUUUCUAACAUCCAAUCUUCUUUCAUUCUGAAACACCUGUGUUUGGCAUGGUGACAAUUUCUCCUGUUUGUAGGUUUGCUAUAGACUGGCGUCCAGGCCAGAGACUGCUAGUCUUCCUGAAGACUGCCUCUAGGGUGUGUAACCUGGGGGUGGAGGAGGGCUACCCCUCCAAAGGCACAGCUACACUCAUCUCUGUACGCAGGGACGGAGAACUGGUUGACAACGCUGUCCUACAGGUAACACAUUCACCGCCAUUACCUGUUAAUUGAUGUAUUUAGGCCCAUUCGAGUCACGUAGAAAUGGUAUUAGUAAAAACGUUUUAGCAAAGAGGGAGCACUUCCCUUGUUCUAGUUAUUAUCUACCCUUAAAAAUGUAUUAUUUUGUUCAGGUUCUACCCUCUGGGGGUCAGUACUUUUUUGGAGAUCACCUUAAAAUCAGAUAUCCACAGCUACAUACAACCAUGUAAGUGAUGUUGUUGAUUUGUCCAUUCCAUUACAAUGUAUGUGAGACAUGUAUGUUGUUUUAAUUUGCAGCCUCCCCAGAAGACCCCCUCUCUGACCGAGUGGCUGGAGUUCCUCUCCUCCAGUCCGUACAUCUGA